AUGGCAGACGAAGACUUGCCCACAAACAAUUGGGUCUGGAUUCCGGAUGAAGACGAGCUCUUUGUGCGGGCGAAUAUCACCAGUUAUCUCGAAAAUGGCAUGCUCAAGGUGGCCGUGAAAAACGGGGUCCAGGACUCCAUUCGGGAAGUGAACCAGAAGGAUGUAGAGAGUUGUAAUCCGGCCAAGUUCAAUAAAUGUGAGGACAUGGCCGAGCUUACGCAUUUAAACGAGCCUUCUGUGAUCUACAACAUGUUUCUCCGAUAUAACGACGAUCUAAUCUAUACAUAUUCUGGCCUCUUUUUGGUCGCCAUCAACCCGUACAAGUCGCUCUCUAUAUAUGAUCAAACCACCCUCGAGAAGUUCCAUGCUGCGGGUGUAGAUCAGAGGUUGCCGCCGCAUAUUUUCGCGAUCGCAGAGAAUACCUAUCGGAAUCUCGUUGCCAACUCAAAGGACCAGUCCAUUCUUGUGACUGGAGAGAGUGGAGCAGGAAAGACCGAAAACACUAAGAAAGUCAUUCAGUACCUCUCGCUGAUUUCCACAUCUGCCGAAGAACAUAAUGAAAUUCAUGAGAAGAUUCUCCGGGCCAACCCUAUUCUCGAGAGCUUCGGAAAUGCGAAGACCGUCAAAAAUAACAAUUCUUCUCGGUUUGGUAAAUUCAUCAAAAUCUUCUUUGACGCUAAGGGAUUGAUAUGUGGUGCCACCAUUGACUACUACCUUCUCGAGAAGUCUAGAGUGUCGCAUCAGCUGAAAGAAGAGCGCAACUACCACGCAUUUUAUCAGCUUCUACAAGGAUGCGAUCCAGAAACCUUGAAACACAAAUACCAUCUUGAUACAGACUAUCUCAAGUAUAAAUACCUCAAUCAGUCAGCCGGCUCGAUAGCCAAUGUCGAUGAUGCAUCUGAUUAUCGCCAGCUUUGUGACUCCUUUAGAGUGAUGGGCUUCCCUGAAGCCGACAUAGAGAACAUUUGCCUCAGUCUUGCUAUAAUAUUACAUUUGGGAAACGUCGACUUCACCUCGUGGAAGGCCGAGCAAGCAUCGUUUACUGAAGAGUCCAACAUACAGCUAAUUUCUAACCUUCUUGGGGUUUCUGAGUCUGACUUCUCAGUCAAUCUAUUGAGACCAAAAGUGAAGGCAGGACGUGAGUUUGUUCAAACUCUGAAAAAGCCCAACGAAGUUAAGAGUGUAAUUGAUGCCUUCGCCAAACACUUGUAUGAGAAAAUCUUCCAGUUCAUUAUUGUGAAGAUUAACAACUCGCUCAUGAGCGCUGAAAAUUUGAAUGAACACUUCAUAGGAGUUUUAGAUAUUGCUGGAUUCGAAAUCUUCGAAAUCAACUCCUUUGAACAACUCUGCAUCAACUACACCAAUGAGAAACUCCAACAAUUUUUUAAUCACCAUUCGUUUAUCCUUGAGCAAAGCGAGUAUCUCCGUGAAGAUAUACAUUGGGAGUAUAUUGAUUUUGGUCUAGACCUUCAACCUACCAUCGACUUGAUAGAGAGCAAACAGCCCAUGGGUGUUUUAGAGAUAUUGAACGAUCAAUGUCUUGUUCCAAAUGCAAACGAGGAGGCCUUCAUAAACAAACUCCUUGAUACUUGGGGCAAUGGGGAAAGUAAAAAGUUUAGGCCAAACAAGGUGAGAAGUGGUUUCAUUAUCGAUCACUAUGCUGGUUUAGUGGAGUACAAUAUAGAUGAUUGGCUUCAAAAGAACACAGAUCCUAUAAGCGAGAAUAUCUUGGCUCUCAUGAGUACUUCAUCCAAUGAGUUCAUCAGGCAUAUGUUUGAAAGCGAGCCAAGUCCAUCAGGUCGUGGCUCCAAAUUCAAAACCGUUACACAACGACACAAAGAACAGCUCUCGAAGCUCAUGAAAGAACUCGGAAGCACAGAACCACAUUUCGUUAGGUGCAUCCUACCGAAUCUGAAUAAGAAGCCCAAUAAAUUUGACAAAAGCCUUGUUCUCAGUCAAUUGAGAUGCAAUGGUGUCUUGGAGGGUAUUCGUAUCGCUCGAGCUGGUUUCCCAAACAAAAUGAGCUACGAAGAUUUCUUUGAGAGGUACUCAAUCUUGAAUUCUGUUGAUGUAUUCACAAAGAACAUGAAGACGAAUGGAGAGUUAAUUCUCAAGCAUGUCAAUUUGGAUCCAGACACGUAUAGAACUGGUAUUACAAAAGUCUUUUUCAAGAACGGUAUACUCGGACACCUUGAGGAACUCCGUGAUGCGAGUCUCAAAAGAGUGAUAUGCAAAUUCCAAAGUCUUGUGAGAGGAAAACAAGCACGUUCAAAAAUACAGCGGCAAAUCGAAGUGGUACAAGCUUCGCAGGUAUUUAGCCGGAACCUCCUGAAACUUGACGAGUAUGUCAAUCAAGGAAAAAGCCCGUGGCUUAAAUUGUUCAUUAAUCUCAAGCCGCUUUUAGAAGACUCAGUUAAAGUUUUGGCUACUACUGAAAUGAACGAGAGUCUCAAAAAGCUCAAUGGUAAAAUCAAGGAAGCCGAAAUUGCUAAGGCUGCUGUGGAGUCCGAGAACACCUCUUUGAAGGAUCGUUUGUGUGCCCUUGAAGAUGAAAUUAUGAAUGUAAACCAAAGUCAUUCUGAGAAGCUCGCCCUUCUCAAAACGCUCGAACUGGAGGAAAAGACUCGUGAUACUAAGCUCAGAGACACAGAGAGGCAACUUGUUGAGUUGAAGGCACUUGGCGAGAAGCUUUCAGAGUCAAAAAUCGAACUUCAGACCAAGUAUGAGCAAUCACAAUUAAAAAUUACGGAACUCGAGACUCUGGUUGAAAAUAUGAAGAAUGAGUUAGUGAAAUCUAAUGAGCAGAUUUCUCAACAUAAAAAAGAGAUCGAGACUCUUCAAGAGCAAUUAAAGCAAUACCUGAAUCUACAAGAGAAUCUCAAAAAAGAAUCAUCUAGAUAUUUGGCUUUGUCGACAGAGCAUCAACUUUCGAAACAGAAAGGAGAAGAGUUACAAAAGGCUAUUGAUGUCUGUAAAGCCGAAUUAGAGGCUAAAGAGAAUAAAAUUGCCGAGCUUGUGGAUUUGAACAACAAGGCUCAGGAGAAUGUAUCAGCUAUGAGAUCAAAAAGUGCUGAGGAUGCUUUGACGACCGAGAAGAAUAACGAAUUGACACUCAGACUUCAAAACGUGGAAAAGACUCUCGAAGAAAUGAAUGAAGAAAAAAGAUUGCUUAAAAUCAGGAUUUCACAACUUGAAGCCGAGAAUACUUCCUUGGACCAAACAAGAAAGAGGGUGCUUCAAGAAGGUGAAAACGUGAAGACGGCCUUAAUGAGCGACAAAAAACGAGAGAUUGAUGUUCUUGAUUCGAAGCUUCAAACUUUGAACGGCAAGACCGUUAUGUUAGAGAAGCAUCUUGCAGAAAAAACAUCUGAGCUUGCGAAUCAACUCGAACUUAAUGAAAAACAGAAGCUUCUUAUUGGAGAAAUGAGCGAUAGUGUGAACGAGAACAAAAGAUUACAAGAUCUUUUGAAGUCUGAACGUAAUGCGUCCGUAUUAGCGCUCCGAAAUCUUGAAGAAACGAAAGCAACAAUGGCAAGUCACCUCUUGGAGCAUAAGCAGACCUUGAAAUCGCUUGAGGAUUUGAAGAAUGAGUGUCAGUAUCUACGGAAAUCGAAAGAUGAUUUCUCUGAUCAAAUAAUGAAACUCAAAGCGGAAAACCAAGGACUCGAAAAUAAGUUACAAGACAAGGAGAAUAUGCCACCAGCCACUCCUAACUAUGAUCCCGCUCUAGUGAGCGAAUACGCUGCAAUGAAGACAAAGUUCAAUGAACAGAGUGCUGUCUUGCGAAAUGAAAAGUUUGAGAACCAAAAACUUUCGGAAGAGAUCGAGAUGCUACGCGAGAAGGUUCGGGGUAAUUUCGAAAGCCCACUGAAACGAAGCACUGCCAGAAGAUCUUUACAGGCUGAUGACAGUAUGCGUGCAAGUCAAAUGAGCGAUAUCCGCUUCGCUGAAGAGAUCAAAAGCUUGAGAAUUCGCUUGCAACAGGAGGAGGCUAAUGUUGUUCGGGCUGAAAACUAUGCCAUCGAACUUCAGAAGAAACUCAACAAGUUUCAGGCAACUCGCAGUGUCGAGAAUAACACAGAUUAUUCUGAAAAAUUGCGCGCUUCGCAAACUAGGGUCGAAGCUCUUGAGAGCAGGCUCUCUGCUUUACUUAAUGGUUCUACAGAUUCACCAUACGAUAAUAGUCAUUUGGGCAUGUCCCGAAGUGGCAGUUUUGGGGCCAUGAGUAGUGCGAGCGGAACAGAAUUUGCCAAGAUCUACAGUGAUAUGAAUCAAACGUUAAAGACGACUAGAGAAGAGUUGUCAAAAUCCAAGACUGAAAUAUUGAGAUUGAAGUCGUUGCUUAGAGAAAGCGAGGAUGAACUUUACGAAAUCAAAAGAGAAAGUGUGAAGGCUUCCGUGAGAGACUAUGAGGAUCAAAUGGCUCGUUUGAAAGUUGCCAACAACAAUUUAACGCAAGAAACCGAGGAUUUGAAAAAAUCGCUCUCUACUCAUAAGAAGAAGUGUGAGGAAUAUUACGAGAAACUCGAACUUGCCGAAUCUGCGGCUGCUAUGAGCAAGCGACAAGAGGAACAGUGUAAACAAGAAUUGAAGGAAAAAAGUGUCGAGUUGAGACUCAUGAAAGAUGAGGUCAGAGCUAUUGACAAGAUAAUCCGGAAGUUGCGUGAGGAUAAACACGAUUUAGAAUCGAGUUUGAAGGAUCUGGAGGUAAAGGAAAUGAAACUAAGAGCUAUCAAUAAGAAUCUCCAGGACCAAAUGGCCUAUCUCAACAACACAUAUGGAGAUAGGAAAAGAUCUGUGGAGGACUACAAAGAAGAGAUACGUGCACUCCAAGCUGACGUGAAGUUCAAAUUGGAGAAGGAAACAGAGAUCAUUAAAGAGAACAAAAGGCUUACGAUUGAAAACGAGGAACUUCAAAGAAUAAAGGAAGAAGUUCUUGCCGAGAAUUCAGAGAUCAAUGACGAGAACGAGAAGCUCUCGAAUCAAAAUGAUGAGCACAGACAAGAGAUCGAACACUUGACCGCUGCCAAGCAGAGCCAUGAGCGCAAGCUUGAACAGAAUGCAAAGCAGAUCGAUUCUUUGCAUAAAAUUAUCGAGGAGAAUGGGAGACAAAUGGAAGCUCUCAACGCAUUUAACAGGGAGUUGGAGUCAGUGAAAGCGACUCAUGAGGAUCGGAUUGAAAAGUUGGAAAAUGAAUUGAAGAAUACCAACAUCAAUCUCGAGAUUUCAAGGGAACAUGGACAUAAUAUGGAGCAGAGUCGACAGGCUGCCUUUGCAGAGCUUGAGGUAAUAAAGGGAAGAUGGGAUAGUAGUGACAGUCGCUACAAGGAGGCGCGGACUGAAAACCUCGUUUUGGUUGAGGAGAACGAGAGCCUCAAAACAAUCAAUGCAGAGCUAGGUAAGAAAGUUGGCCUGCUCGAAGAAAAGCUCUACUCUAACGAACAAAUCAAAUUCUUGGAGACUAAUCUCGAAAAUUUGAAGCAGCAAAUUGCACAGAUGAAGAAUGAGGGGCUUGACCGAGAUGCCAAGGAACAGAAAUUGCAGCGGCAAGUAGGUGCUCUUGAAUACGAUGCUGAGAACAAGAGCGUGCAAUUGAAGAAGUACAACGACGAGAAUUUCAAUCUCCAGAAUACGGUCACCCAGCAAAAGGGUAAAAUCGAGUACUUGUAUCAAGAGAACAAUGACAAGGACUUGAAGAUCAAAGCUCAAGAACGAGAACUCAAGGAGUUACGCGAAAGGCUAGGCGACUUCAGAGGGUAA